CCUGCAAUAUUUUACAUAGUUGUCGCGUUUGCUUCGCUUCGACUUCCGGUCGUUCGGGUAUCAGCAUUUCGCGAUGUAAACAUUAUCUAGGCUAGGUUCGGCUGCAUUAGGCGCGUUCUCGGGAAUGAAGUGUGCUCAAGGUGCUUUUGUGUUGUUAAUUUCGCUUGACUGUGCUUACUCGGAUGGCGCAAUUUUCGAAAGACGCGGUAUGGUAUCGUUCGCCCGCCGUAGAGUUCAGUCGCGUUGGUGGCUGCAUGCGAUUUGACGUAUUCCAAUCUGCGCGUAGUGAUGUCACUUGUGCUCUUAUUUAUUGAAAUCUCAGGCGUUCGCCGUGUAAUGUGCAAGUGAAUUGUAAACACUGACAGUGAUAUUGUAACCUAUGCAGUGAUAUUUUCCAAAAGUGUAAUGGACUGUUACUAUUCGAAAUUUUUCCCGAGGCGUAAGUGACAAAUGGGAUCGUAUCUGCCGUGAUUGGGUACAAUCAUGAUGCAUCCAGCUGGGUACUACGCCAAUCUUGCGAGCGGCGCGCUCGCAGCCGGCACCAUUGCGUCCCCGUGGAGCACGGCGGCCGGCGCGCCCGACACCAACGGCUCGGGCGCCGACGCCAAGCACCUGGACGUUGGCGACGCGAGCGACGAUGAAAAGGACUUAUCAGCAGCUGAUGCGGAGGGAGUAUGGAGUCCCGACAUCGAACAGAGUUUCCAAGAGGCACUGGCCAUUUACCCCCCGUGUGGGAGACGCAAGAUUAUUCUCUCGGAUGAGGGCAAGAUGUACGGACGGAAUGAGCUGAUAGCGAGAUAUAUAAAAUUAAGAACAGGAAAAACGCGCACAAGAAAACAGGUGUCAUCACACAUACAGGUGCUAGCUAGGCGGAAACUUCGCGAAAUACAGGCUAAACUUAAAGUGGACGGUGGUAUGAUGAAAGAAAAGGCGAUGCAGUCAAUGAGCACCCUCUCUAGCGCACAGAUUGUGGCGGGUCUCCCACAUCCAGCGUACCAUCAUACGCAAUUUUGGCAACCAGGUUUACAAGCUGGAACUUCACAAGACGUGAAGCCGUUCCCGGGUGCUGGAUACAAGGGCGUGCCCGGCGUCGGCAGCGUCGGAGUACCGGGCGGUACGGACGUAGCGCCGCCGCCGCCGUGGGAGGGCCGAGCCAUCGCCACGCACAAGCUGCGGCUCGUCGAAUUCUCGGCCUUCGUCGAACACCCGAGAGACCCGGACACGUAUCCGCCGAGUACAACGCUGUCACAACAUCUAUUCGUUCACAUAGGUGGUUCAGUUACAUACGCCGACCCGUUAUUAGAGUCGGUAGAUGUCCAACAAAUAAAUGACAAGUUCCCCGAAAAGAAAGGCGGCUUGAAAGAGCUGUACGAGAAGGGACCUCGGAACGCUUUCUUUCUGGUCAAGUUCUGGGCGGACCUAAACACAAAUAAUUUAGACGAUCCCGGAGCAUUUUAUGGAGUUACUAGUGUGUAUGAAAGCAACGAAAACAUGACCAUAACGUGUAGCACAAAAGUGUGUUCAUUCGGGAAGCAAGUAGUGGAAAAGGUGGAGACGGAAUACGCGCGGUUCGAGGGCGGGAGGUUCGUGUAUCGCAUCCACCGCUCACCCAUGUGCGAAUACAUGGUCAACUUCAUACACAAGCUCAAGCAUCUACCUGAGAAGUACAUGAUGAAUAGCGUGCUAGAGAACUUCACUAUUCUUCAGGUGGUGUCAAAUAGAGAUACUCAAGAGACAUUGUUAUGUGCCGCGUUUGUGUUUGAAGUGUCGAACAGUGAGCACGGCGCGCAACACCACAUCUACAGGCUCGUGAAAGACUGAACCACCCCUCCCUCCCCCCUCCGCCUGUCCGUAGCAUCAUUCCUUCGGCACACCGACUUCUAGAUAUGGACCUCACACACUCUCUAAGGAUCUAAGUGCUUACUUCUCAGAGACCUUAUAUCCGUUUGUUGUAUACAGCAAGUCUUACGAAAGUGUAGUGACUACAAGGCAAAAUAUGUAAAACUAUGGUGUUCGAGCUGGACUUGAACCCGCACUACCCGAAGCCUUGCGACAUCACAAUUUAUUUUAAUACUGACUUUUUCAGUUUCUUGGCUCUUUCUAUUAUGCCUUCUGUACUAGAUAUGCACGGUUUUCGAUGUACGUCUCUAAACAUGCCUUAGGGUCGCUUGCACCAAACCGUCUGUUACCGAAUUGAACAUUCGCAGAUUUUUUUGUAUGGGAAUUUCCAUACACUGCUGCGUGACGUUGACGUGUCUGUUAACUGUGCUUGAAGCAACUGGCCCUUAGUAUUCAAAGGGUUUUAUGAACCAACUGACGAAUCAUCACUACCAUCAAAAUCAACAUUAAUUUUACUGGAACUAAUUUUUCUUAACUUUACGUCUGAUUUUUUGACCCAUAAAUAGGUACUCCAUGACUAAUUUUUAGAAAGAGUAUCUGAAUAAAAAUGCACGCCAAGAUCACACGUCGUUCUUGCAAAAAAAGAAAUUCAGUUAUAGAGGUUACCAAUUACUACGCUAAAGACAGGGUUGCGGGUUCAAGUCCAACUGUCGGAUCACAUAGUGAUUAACUUUAUCCACUUUUAUUAAUAACUUUAUAUGAUUUGACAGAUCUAGAAAAGUAUAACUGUAAUUUGAUAGUGUUGCAAUCGUAACAUAGUAAAUUGUGAUCUGAAAAUACGCUACAAUAUUUUUGUAACUAAAUGUUUAUUGUAUAGCUCAAUUUAAAUAUUUCUAUUUUAGCAUUUCAUUCGGAUAUUUUCAAGGUUUAAUUGUAACUAAUAUAGUGUAAUACCUAGAGCGUCUUUUUCUCGAAAAGUCUUCUAGAUAUCAAUUCUGGCUCAUGUCAUGUCGGAUAUGGGUAGAAAGGUAACAUUUCAAUGAAUAUUAUUUACAAUUAAAACUUACUUGACUUGUCAAGCGUCACCAUAAUAAACUACAGACAUUAAUCCUACAAAAUCAAAAAAAUUGCAACAAAAAGUAGUGAAAUAUUGAAUAUCUCUUGGGUCUCAAAAAACCCUAUUUGAAGAGUUUUAUUAAUAUUUUACAUAAUUCUUAAAAUAAAAAUAAUAUCGUUCAGUAGACGCGUGUAAAAUAAUAUCAAAUAAGAAGAUAGAAUUGAAUACACACAGUGCCUCUAUAAUUAUGUUACAUUAACAUAAAUUACUUGAGCAUAUUAGUCUUUUCACUGUGUUUAAUAACAUAAUUUGCAAAAAUUUAAGGAAAAAUAUAAGUAUUAGAACAGUGGAAAGAUUAAAACUUAGUGUAGGAUACCAUGAAUCAUUCAUAGGUUUCAUAAGUAAGAAUUAUUAAGAAGUGUCUAGUAAAUUAAAGACAAAAAGUUUUAAUCAGUUGUUAAGCACUGUUGUGGUACAAUGUUGUGUUGAGUAAAAUAACCAAUAGGUUAAACCAACCUAAAUGUGGCGAAUAGUGUUCUAUUAUCCUUUUUUUCACUAACCUGAUAAAUAUUCUGUUAUUUAGUUUCUUAAGCGAAUGCCUUACCAAACGCCAAACGAAAGAAUUCAGAUGGUCCUAAAAUGCAAUGACUUUGACUUAGGCGUAGACUUUAACACGUUUCCAUUUUUCGUCUAUUGUCUAUGAUUUCUACACUUUUUAAAUUUCCUUAUUUUUAAUUGGCGACCUCUGUGCGCUUUUGUGUUGUGCUUGCCACAUUUAAUAUUUAUUAGAGCGAUAAACACACAAGACAAUAUAUUCGUGAUUUAUAUUGAAAGACGACAUCAACUUGUAUUAUAUAUUUUUGGAAAUACUUGAGAUCCAUAUACGUUUUUCUAACUUUACGCCUGCUUCCAUGCAUAAUCACUUCUGAAACUUUCGUAUCAGAGCACUAAUCCCCUGGCAGCUAGGUUGAAAGCAAUACUAUGUCAUAUUAGCAUCCGCAUCCAGUGAGAUCAUGUCCAACCAAUUCUUCUCUGUCUCAUUUACGCAGCAACUAGGCAUCUCGCUUUCAACUCUCAAAGUACAAAGUAAGUGUUGACACGUUACUCGAUAGAACCUGCCGAUUAUACAAUAAGUAUUUACGUGGCAAUGAUUUGAUCUCUCUUUUAGUCAAAUAUUUUAAGGGUCCUCCCAUCAGCGCAAGGGCGUGCGCACAUUUAAGUUUAAACUGCGUUAAGGUUUAUGUGCAUUAAAUAGUUUUAGUUUCAAGACAUGAGGUAGGCAAAUAUUAUCUUAGAUAAUAACAAUAAGAGAUUUUUGUAUUUAUUUGAUAUAGUUAUAUUAGAUAAUUGUAAAGUGAAUAGUUUUAAGUUUUUUUUUGUAUGGCGAUGGUCGUUUCCGAUUGUAAAACUAAUGUCGUACUCGGUACUUAAAAAACUUAAUUUUGGUUGCAAUUUCGAUUUCAUUAAAGUAUUAAGAAAUUAGCCUUCUAUUGGCGUCUUAAAAACAGAUCUAAUUUGUUGUGAUAUUAUACAUUUUUAUGGUUCAUUUUACUCAAAAGAGAUUAAAUGCUGUGUAAACAAAAAUUGUCAUUGGUAGUUUACAUUUUUUUAUUUACUUUGUAGUUGGCAACAAUGUGUAAAUUCAUUUUGUAAAUAGGUAUACCUUUAGUGCAUUUCUUUCCGCUAGUGUUCUAAGCGAUCUUCGCUUUGAAAAGUCUUUCAUAUCGACAAUCUGCCAUAUCAAACUAAAAAUAUAAAAGAUUUAGUCGGCAUCGUUGCAGACAAUCAUUUGCUUUUCGUUAUAAGAUUAUGCAAUAGUAUUUUUCUUGAGAAAUAAUAUUUUCUUUUGAUAUGUUUAGUAGUAGGUAAAUGAUUUUCUACAAGACCAGCCGACUUUGUGUACAGUAUUUUAAAGAUAAUAUUACGUUAAAGAUUUGUAUGAAAAUUUAAUUAUAUUGUCUUCAUAAAAGUGGA